AUGGACAAAUCACUCCGCAGAGCCACCAAGGGCCGAUCCAAACUCGGAUGCCUGGCUUGUCGAGAGAGACAUGUCAAGUGUGACGAGGGUCGUCCUAGCUGCAUAAGCUGUUCGAGAAGAUCGCAAACCUGUGUUUAUAACGACCUCCCCCCUAGCAAAGAAUGGCAGCGGAAGGUCUCCACGUUUGCUUUUAAAUCUUCAUCUACAAGUCGAGCCAAUACGCCCAGUGAGGGAUACUCUGAUCAUACUGCCACAGAGAGGGGGUGGCAGGAUACCAUUUUAGUUCCAACUUUGCCAUUUAUUCCCACAAAUGCGUCUCUAAGGGGCAGUUUCAGCAUAAAAGAUACCCACUUAUUGAAUAAUUUUAUUGCUCUAACCACAUCUAACCUGAUUGGUUCGCCCCGAGUAUGGAGCCACGAGUGUAUUCAGCUUUCCUUUACGAACCCCUUUCUCAUGCACGCCAUUCUAAUGACAGGAGCGGCUCAUCUUAAAAUUCUAGAUCCGAGCCAGUCUGCGGGUAAUUAUACAGCACUAUCCGCGCACCAUUCCCAGAAAGCGCUUCGGUAUUUUGGCAAAGUUAUCGGCAACACUCCAUUUGUCAACAAUAACCUUGACGCUGUUAUUGCCACCACAUUGCUCUUUGCUAUUCACUCCUGCAAUUCACCAACCUUUGACCCCACAUCUGAGGGUGUAGAUGGACUCCUCUCGCAUAUGAACGGCAUAUUCGAUAUUCUUCGUCAUGUCGAUGGCCCUCCGCCUGGCUUUCUAUUCGAGUCAGUCUGCACACCCGAGUUGCUCCCCUCGACACCGCCAACCACCGGACCGGCCUCUGAUCUCGCCAUCAUGGUCAGAAACUGUGCGCCUGAGGCAAUGAAAACCAUAUAUAAUGCAACCGUUGAAAGCUUGACUCUGGUCCUGGAUGCAGUAACACGCCAACCUCGCCUAGGCAAUACUUCGCCGCAUCUACUCCUCGUUUACUGCUUCCGAUGGCUCGCAUUUAUCCCGCUUGAAUUUACCGCCCUCUUAAGAUCACACGAUCCCACAGCCCUUGUGAUUAUAGCAUACUACUACGCUGCAUUGCUGGCAAUAUUAUCAGACCUGAAAGGCGGGUGGUGGUGGAUGCGGGAUCGGCCAGUGUUUUUUAUUCAACGUAUUUCCGAAUUCCUCGGUCCUGAAUGGGAGUAUUGGAUGUCCUGGCCUAGGGAAAUUCUGGGCAAGUACAAUGAAGUUGUUGUCCAGCCAGCCGUGGAGCCGGAUUUUCCUGUGGCUGAAGUGGAUGAGAUGGGGCUAGGGAUUCUUUCGGAGGCACGACCACACCGAAGCAGAAUUAUAGUAAAUGUUCAAUAG